AAUGGAGAAGACCACCCAAGUUCAUGUCCCAACAGUUAAAUUGGGUACUCAAGGCUUAAAGGUUUCUAGGUUGGGAUUUGGAUGUGCAGGUCUAUCUGGAUUUUAUAAUGCACCACUCUCACAUGAAGAGGGAUGCUCUAUUAUUCAGGAAGCAUUCCAUAAGGGAAUUACAUUUUUUGAUACUUCAGAUGCUUAUGGAGACAAUCAUUAUAGUGAAUUCAUGGUUGGCAAGGCCUUAAAAGAACUUCCUCGUGAAAAAAUUCAGUUGGCUACAAAAUUUGGCUUCUUUAAAAGUGAUGAGAUCCCUAUUGGAGUGAAAGGUACUCCUGAAUAUGUGCGAGAAUGCUGUGAAGCUAGUCUUAAGCGCCUUGAUGUCAAUUACAUUGAUUUGUACUAUCAACAUCGUGUUGACACUACUGUGCCAAUUGAAGACACUGUGGGGGAACUCAAAAAGCUUGUAGAUGAGGGGAAGAUAAGAUAUAUUGGGCUAUCAGAGGCUAAUGCUGACACCAUAAAGAGAGCACAUGUGGUUCAUCCUAUUACUGCUUUGCAAAUGGAGUAUUCUUUAUGGACUCGGGAAAUUGAAGAAGAAAUUGUUCCACUGUGCAGAGAACUAGGGAUUGGAAUAGUGGCAUAUAGCCCUCUUGGUCGCGGCUUUUUUGCAGGAAAGGCAGUGAAAGAGACUUUGCCUAGUGAGAGCAUUUUGGCUACGCAUCCCAGGUUUAGUAAGGAAAAUUUAGAAAAGAACAAGCUUUUCUAUAAACGGCUUGAUGACUUGGCUUCAAAUCAUGCAUGCACUCCUUCUCAGUUAGCCUUAGCAUGGCUUCUCCAUCAGGGCAAUGACAUCAUUCCUAUCCCAGGGACUACCAAAAUUACGAACCUUGAAAACAACCUUAGCUCUUUGGCCGUUGAGCUUACUGAUGAGGAAUUGAAAGAGAUUUGUGAUGCAAUUCCUGUUAACGAAGUUGCAGGGGCCCGAGAAUUUGACAUCUUAUACAGAUACAGUUGGCAGUUUUCAACUACUCCAUCAAAGUAUUCUAUCCCUGAUUAGUCAAACUAUCCAUGACUGUGGCAACUAGGAUCAAAGUUGACAUAAUUAGUUAUGAAGAGUAAGCAAAAGUAAUAUGAUGUUACUCAAGUAUUAUUAUUAUUUUAAUAUGAUGUUAAUAUUAUUUUAUUUAUAAUCAUAAUUUAAACAGAGGCCAUAAAUCACUUAGUUGUGAGACAAAUUAUAUGUUUGUGUAUGAUAAAGAUGUUUGGACACUAAUUUCCUCUCUUACAUGUUAUACAAUUAUUGAAUGGUAUAUU